AUGAGUUACAAUGAUGACGAUGGUAAUAGUCGUGAGAUUUUUGUUACCUUUCAUGUUCAUCUGCCAAAAAACUUUGAUAAAUCUAUGCGUCCUUUGGUGGUUGGCAGUAUUAAAGAGUUAGGAAAUUGGAAAAUGCCAGUUGUGAAAUUGCAUCAAACUGAUUCCGAGUCUACAUAUUGGGUUUCUGAUCCCGUCAAACUUCAUCUUUAUAGUCCAAAUCUUGAUAAUGACUUUAGAUUUGUUAGUGUGAUAUAUGAAUCUGUAACUUUAGAAAAUUUCACGAAAAAAGUUAUGGAAUUUCAAAUGAUUUUGAAACAUCAUAAUGCGCUAACUGUUCGAGAUAUUGGUAUAGAUUCAAUUUUCAGACAUUUUUCAAAUGCAAUUAAUAAUUAUCAGAAGAUCUUUGCCUGCGUUAUGUUGGCUUAUCAUAUUGAGACUAUUCAGAAGCAAACUUAUACCUUAAUAUAUUUACAUGGAAAUUUUCCUUCGGCCAAUUUAUUACAAGUGUUACUGGAAGUUCAAGCAGACAAUUUGCUACCAACAAGCGCUAAAAGGCCAUUUACUUUUCUAACUUCAACUUUAGUUCGUCAUAAUUCAUCAAAACGCUAUUCAUUUGAUUGGAUGAAAAUGUUUUCUGUUGCAUCGAUUCUUGAUUCGAACUAUACUUUCUUAUCUCAUAUUAACGUAAAGCCAUAUGUCGAUAAAAUUAAUAAAGCCGCUAAUCCAUUAAUUUACCAUAAAAUUAUAAAGACACUUAUCACAAUUUCUUUUUUUGGGAUGAGUUCAUGUGAUUUUAUAAUUAACAAAUUUAUUGGAAAAGAAAGUAUUGAUUGUGAGAUCAGUGACUUCAUGUGCGAUAAUUAUAUUAGCAAAAAUGUCGAUUUUAAUAAUCCAUACGAAUUUGAACAACAUUUUAAAUCUAUUACCAAAGAUCUUUAUGAUUGUCAAGAGAAAAGAAAAACCUCUAACAAAGUACAAAUUAGAGAUAACACUUGGGCACUUGUAGAAUUCCUUAAAAAUAAUGAAUUUGAUUGGAACGAAAUUGAAUGGUCUGAAAAUUUGCCACCAAUUUAUGAUGAUCGUACCGAGACUUUUACUUUCACAUUAAAACCUGUAGAUUACUACUCCAGUUCAGUUAUGUAUAAUUAUGAAGCAUUUAUUCAUUUUAAUAAUACAAGGAAUACAAGAAGUUAUGAUUAUGAUCUUCAUCAUGAAUCUAAAGUGUGCGUACAAAAGAAGACUGAAAAACAGACUGUCGUUGAUUAUAAUAAACUAAUGUCUGAAGUUAAACUUGAGAUCGAAUUUAGUAGUACUGCUUCACCAACAUUCACAAAUAAUGAUAAUAUGUGUGAAUAUAAAUUUGACUCUCAAAAUAGUGUACAUUUCAAACGAGAAAUUGAGGUUAACGAAGUAGGUGAGAGUAUCAGUCAUAUAAAGCUUUGUGGUCUUACCAUUACAGCUUGGAAACUUUGUUAUGUCUUAGAUUGUCUUCAAGUUAACGGUAAGGCUAGACCUCUAUUGGCUGAUUAA